AUGUCGUCGGCUGUCUCUAUUCAAUUUCACCCUGUUGAAGCAGAACUAAUAAAUCUUCUCAAAAGGUUCUUGAAGGGCGAACAUUUAAGAUGUCCCAUUAAAUUCGUAGAAAUCUAUGGAGACCAAACCCCAUGGCAGUUUUAUGGAUCGGAAGAUAAAUCAGGUUACUUCAUCACUCCGUUGAAGAAGCGGAAGAAAUCAGAUCAGAAUCAUGCUCGAACUUGCGGGAACGGGACUUGGAGAGGCCAAACUAGUGCUGUUCCCAUCAAGAAUCGUAAGGGCGGAUCGGUCGUGGGGUAUCGAAGAAAUUAUAUAUACACUAGUAAAGGAAAUAAAACUAGUGGCAGUGCUACUACUAAUUGGCUGAUGAGAGAGUACUUCGUGGGGGAUGAUUUCUUCAAGGUAAACAACAUUCCCAAGCAAGAUUAUGCACUAUGCAGAAUCAAGAAGCAUGUAAGAGUGAAAAUGGAUGAUGACGAUGAUGCGGUCAAUAUGGAGGAACAGGAUGCUUUGGAAACAAUCCGAGGCAUGUUGCUUCAACCUGAUUCUACCUGCUGCACUACACAAGAAGUUACAGAGGAGACUGAUCAAUGGGAAUCCAUCAUCAAUGAGGUAUGUGAUGAAAAGAUUGAUGGGAUUGAGAAUACAACAGCUUUAGUUGACGGGGAAUAUGAUUUGAGAGGAUGUGGAGAGAUCAGUGACGUGCAGGAAGAUGGAGCUGAUGUUAUUGGAAGCAAUGGCAUCUGGGAAGCUAUAAAUGGAAUAUUGAAUGAUGUAACCGUUGAUAUUCCUGACGAUUUGUGGCUUGAUGUGGAUCAUCAACCACCACUUCUAUUAAUUAGUUCUUCUACGUAA